AGUUGCAUUGAAUGCCAUGCGCCACACACAUAUACACAAAUAUAGUUUUCUAAACAUAACGAUGAGGCGUUAUACUCUCUUGUUGCUUCUUCUUCUUGUUCAUAAUCCAUCUUCCAGUUGCUCAUCGGUGUUGCCACUGUGUAACCACCAUGACAACUCAGACUUGCUCCAAUUCAAGAACUCAUUUUCCAUUAACACUUCAUUGUACAAAGAUUGGCCGGCGCUUUCCUCUUGUUACAACAAGAUAGCGUCGUGGAACAAUGGUACGGAUUGUUGCGAGUGGGAUGGUGUCACAUGCGACACCACGUCAGGGCACGUGAUUGGCCUUGACCUCAGUUGCAGCAUGCUCCAAGGCGAGUUUCAUCCCAACAACACUCUGUUCCAACUCACGCAUCUUCAACAACUCAACCUUGCCGCCAAUGACUUCUCCGACUCUCCAAUAUAUCCCGGAAUUGGUGAUCUUGUGAGUCUCACGCAUCUCAAUCUAUCAUGUUCAUCAUUUGGCAAUCAUAUUCCCUCCACGAUCUCUCGCUUGUCUAAAUUACUCUCACUUGAUCUCUCGUCGUGUAAUCAUGAACUGAGACUUGAUGAAUCAACAUGGAGUAAACUCAUGGGUAACACCACUAACUUGGAAGUGCUGGUUCUAGAUGGCGUAGAUAUGUCUUCUAUCAGAAAAAUACCAGAUUCCAUAGGCCACUUGAAUUCUCUUAACCAACUACGGCUACGGAAUUGCCAAAUUGAUGGAUUAAUUCCCGUGUCUUUUUGGAAUCUCACUCAACUAACUCAUUUGGAACUUUUAGGAAACAGACUUCAUGGUGAAAUUCCAUCUUUGCUUUCAAACCUCAAACAUCUCACCUACUUAGAUCUUAGUUCUAAUAGUUUCAGUGGUCACAUCCCAGACGUGUUCGACAACUUCACUAAAUUAGAUACCUUGCAACUUUCUUCUAACAAUCUAGGAGGCCAAUUGCCACCAUCACUUUUUCGUCUAUCCCAACUUAAUGUUCUAGAUUUGUCAUUGAAUAGCUUAGAAGGCCCAAUUCCAAGUAAGGAUACAAAACUCUCAGAAAUAACGUCCCUGAUUUUGUAUAAUAAUUCAUUAAAUGGGACAAUUCCAAAUUGGUGUUAUUCUUUGCCUUCAUUGAUAUUUCUAGAUCUUGGGCACAACCACCUAGUAGGACCGAUAGGAGAAUUCUCGACUUAUUCUAUGAAUUAUUUGGUUUUGUCGAAUAAUAAAUUUCAAGGUAGUUUUCCAAAUUCAAUAUUUAAUUUUAUAAAUCUUACCACUUUAGAUUUAUCUUCAGCUAAUUUGAGUGGUCAUAUAGAUUUUCACCAAUUUUCAAAGCUCAAAUCUUUAAAUUUUCUUGAUCUAUCUCACAAUGCUUUUCUCUCUAUUAACCUAGAAGACAAUGUUGACUAUCUUUUACCUAACCUUACUGUAGUAGGUUUAUCUUCGUGUAAGAUUACAAAAUUUCCUAAGUUCCUAGAAAGCAUUGAAGAUCUAUAUGUACUAGACCUUUCUGAUAACCAAAUUGAAGGGGUGAUUCCCAAAUGGUUUAAUGACAAGCUCUUGUACAAAUGGAAGAACAUGCAGUUCAUUGAUCUCAGUCUCAACAGGCUGCAAGGAAAUAUUCCAAUUCCAUCAGAUGGCACCUAUUAUUUUUCAGUCUCAAAGAACAACUUCACAGGAGGCAUUUCCUCAACAAUAUGCAAUGCAAGCUUCCUCAAUAUGCUAAUCCUGUCUCGCAACAAUUUGACUGGCAAUAUUCCACAAUGUUUGGGAUCCUUUCCUUCACUCCUGGUUUUGGAUUUGCAAAUCAACAACUUUUAUGGAAGCAUACCUGGAAACUUCUCCAAGAAUAAUGCUUUUGAGACUAUAAAGUUGAAUGGCAACCAAUUAGAGGGACCAGUACCACAAUCGUUGGCUCAUUGCACAAAACUGCAAGUUCUAGACCUUGGUGACAAUAACAUAGAAGAUGUAUUUCCCAGUCAGCUAGAAGCUCUUCAGGAACUACAGGUACUCAGUUUGCGAAAUAACAAAUUUCAUGGUACCAUCACUAGUUUGAGUAUGAAGCAUCCAUUUCCAAAGUUGAAAAUUUUUGAUGUGUCUAAUAACAAAUUUAGUGGCCCUUUGCCAAUGCAAUACUUUCAAGAGUUUCAAGGAAUGAUGACGACUCUGAAUGAAAAUACUCAAGCUGAUAGUUUGGAGUAUAUGAGCGCGCAUGCUAAUGCGACCAGUGUACCAUAUAAUGACUCUGUUGUGAUCAUUAUGAAAGGUCAAGAGAGAGAAAUGUCAAGGAUAUUAACUAUUUUCACAACUAUAGACUUGUCAAAUAACUUGUUUGAAGGAAAAAUUCCACAAAUUCUAGGAGAAUUGAAUUUUCUCAAAGGGCUUAACCUUUCUCACAAUAAAAUCAGUGGUAACAUUCCACAAACUUUAGGUAAUUUGACGAGUUUAGAAUGGUUAGACCUCUCAUGGAACCAACUGAAAGGUGAAAUACCUCUGUCUUUGACAAAUUUGAAUUUUCUAUCUGUCUUGAACCUUUCGAAAAACCAGUUGGAGGGAGUGAUACCUAGAGGAAAACAGUUCAAUACAUUUCAAAAUGAUUCCUACAGAGGAAACCCAAUGCUUUGUGGAUUCCCUUUGUCAAAGUCAUGCGGUAAUGAUGAAGAACAACCACCUUCAGUAUUUCCUGAAGCCAAAGAUUCAUUAUUUGGGUGGAAGUCAGUAGUAGUGGGAUAUGCAUGUGGAGUGGUGUUUGGGAUCUUCCUUGGAAGCUUGUUUAUCAAGACUGCGAAACCAUUGUGGCUUGCCAGACUUAUUUGUGGCUAUACUUAACAAAACAUGCACAGAAGAUCAGAGGCCAUGCAAAGCAUCAUGUUUUUUCCUUCUUUUUUUUUUCUAUCAUGUGAAUUUUUCUGUUUGUGAAAUAAAAUGUGUUAGAUAUCAAAACUUUGUGAUUUAUCCAUGCUUACAUCAUUAUAGCUUCAUCAAUGCCAAGAAUUAAAUGUACCACCACUCUUGCAAUGAAAUGAAUGCCAAGAAUGAAAUGAAUUGAGUU